AUGUUUCUAGUACUGAUUACCCUAUUUAUAGCUAUACCAUUCUCCUCCGCUGGUAAAAUUGAUCAUUGGUCAGUCGGUAACAUUAUUAUCACUGAUCCAACAACACAAUUUCGACUUGAUAUUUAUUCCCCAACAACACCUGGCUCUUAUCCAGUGCUUGUUUUUUUAACUGGUCUAGCAGGAAUAGUACCUGCACCAUUUUAUCACAAAUUAGUAUCAACAAUCGCUGAACAAAAUGUUAUUCUUAUUGGAAUUUCAAAAAUUGAAAAUAUAAAACCAGAAAAAGUUGCUAUUCACAUAGCUGAAUUUUUUGAAUGGGUUGUGAAACCAGGUGAUGGUGCUGCUCGUCUCUUUGCUGAACAUAAAGAAGUCAAAGGUGUUAAACCAAAUAUGGAACUUCUUGAAAAAGUUGCUAUUCACAUAGCUGAAUUUUUUGAAUGGGUUGUGAAACCAGGUGAUGGUGCUGCUCGUCUCUUUGCUGAACAUAAAGAAGUCAAAGGUGUUAAACCAAAUAUGGAACUUCUUGGUUUUCUAUCACAUUCAUCAGCAGCUCAUCCGCUCGGUCAAUAUCUCAAUACAACAUGUGGUCCAGUAAAAUUAAUUAUUAUGAUGAAUCCAGUUGAUGGUAUUGAUCCAUUCGGGUUUAUAAAAGACUUCAUUACACAUCCUCCAACUCCUCUUCCAUUUCGAACACCAGCUCUGAUAAUUAGUAAUGGUCUAGAUAAUGUUCCUGUUCUUAAAGAGUCUCCACCGUGUGCACCAAAUAAUAUCAGCAAUGAUCGAUGGUAUCGUUCAUUAUAUGGACCGACAUUUCUUGUUAAUUUAACAGAUUAUGGUCAUGCCGAUAAUCUCGAUGAACCAGUUCACGAAGCUAGCAAACUUAUGUGUGCAUGGUGCAAAGGUACUAUCUGUGAUUUCCCUCAAUAUAAAACUGAUGAAGCAACAUUAAUAACGUCGUUUGUUUAUGCAAUAUUCAAUCAAGAUAUUCGACAAUUACAAGUCAUUGAAAAUCCACAAGCUUUUCUUCAAAGUCAUGUUUCAAACAAAUAUGAUCUACAUGAUUAUGAUUACACAACUGGAGGACCAGGUGGUUUUUGUACUCAUGAUUAA